UUUGAGCAUUAUGUUUGUGGAAAGUUAGUUUCAAGGCCACUCGUGUUGGCUUGUUAUGGAAGCGGGAGGUUUCAGGAAAGAUUAUAUUUUUCAAUACUGUGUGGUCGACAUCGUCGGAUUGUAAAUCCGUCUAUCGUCAUCUUAUGCUCGAAGUGGGAUUUCUUUACCGGUGAGCGCGGAAUAAAAUAACAUUAAAAUGCCCGAGUACGAGUUCGAUGAAGGGGACAGGUCGCAGAGGCUCACAAACGACGAUUUCCGUCGCCUUCUGAUGACGCCCAGGUCGACGCCGAGUGCCGCUCCGACCCCGCAGCACACGCCGGCCCCAGAAACGGGCGAAGGGCUUAAAAAGCCGGCCUCAGACGACAGGGGCGAGCGGAGAAGGAAGAAGAAGAUUUUCUACGCCAAGCUGAAGAAGCAGGAAGAGAACAAACUCGCAGAAUUGGCUGAGAAGUACAGAGACAGGGCCAAGGAGAGGAGAGACGGGUCGAACGCCGACUACCAGCCGGACGACCCUAUGUCCACGUCGAGCGGUUACAGGGCGGUCGCUCCCGACCUCAAAUCCGGGAUCGACGCCGCGGAACGGAGGAGGCAGAUGAUCCAGGAGUCCAAGUUCUUGGGUGGUGACAUGGAGCACACCCAUUUGGUAAAAGGGCUCGACUACGCCCUCCUCCAGAAAGUCAGGAGCGAGAUUCAAAUGAAAGAAGCAGAACAGGAAGAAGAGUUAGAGAAACUUGUUGCAAAGCCGAAGAAGGAAAAGAAGAAAGAAGAAGAGGAGAUCGUGUUCAAAACCGCCCUCGGGAGGAACAUACACAAAGUAGUUAUGGAGUCAAAUGAGGUAGAGAGGAAUCCGCUGUUUGCACCGGGGCGGAUGGCUUACGUCGUCGAACUGACCGACGAUACGGGUGAAAGCGACAUACCGACAACACUUUUGAGGAGCAUGGCGGAAAUCCCAAACCAGGAGUCUGUUGCGACACUCACGACGAACGACAUCGUAAUAAACAAACUGGCGCAGAUUCUUUCUUACCUGCGGCAGGGGCCCAGACAUCACAAAAAGUCGAAAAAGAGAGAUAAAAUGGGUGAUGAAGGGAUAUUCCCCGAUGCAGGAGACUAUGUGCCGUCGUCUUCUAAAUCAGCAGAAUCUCGUAAGAAGAUUUCUAAUUAUUUCAAAGACACGGACAAGGACAAGAGCCCUCCUCCUAGGGUGCCGGAUGGUAAAAAGGUGUCGCAGAGUUCAAAGAAAGAGACCAGGGCAGCUGGCCUGCUCUCGAGGCUCGCCGCAGAACCGACUGGCUACGCUGAAUGCUACCCUGGUCUGGAUGAGAUGCAGGACGCGAUAGACGACUCGGACGAUGAGGUCGACUACACCAAAAUGGACCAGGGGAACAAGAAGGGACCUGUCGGCCGGUGGGAUUUCGACACGCAGGAAGAGUACAGCCAGUACAUGAACACGAAGGAGGCCUUGCCAAAGGCAGCAUUCCAAUAUGGAGUCAAAAUGGCUGAUGGACGGCGUACGAGGAAGUACAACAAAGAAAAGAACGAACGUGCAGAACUCGACAGGGAAUGGAACAAAAUUCAAAAUAUAAUACAAAAGAGGAAAGGGCCCGAAGAUCCUGCUCCUCCUCAGUUUAAAAUUCCAAGAUACUGAACUUUUGUGCUCAUUUCUGUGUAUAUUUUAAUUUUAAUUAUCCUAGGAUAAAUUUUAAAAAUAAAUGUAAUUCCUUGUUUUA